AUGACCAACAAUUACUCCGAGAGUGUUGGAGUAGAACAACUUGGAUUGCCUGAUAAUAUUCCGAAUAAUUAUCUUGAUCUUUGGACUGAAGCAGUACAACCUUUCUUUGACGAAUUGGAUAAGAAUUUCACAAAUGGUCUUAUAAAUUUAAAACGUUAUGAUAAAUAUACCACUUACGGUUAUUUCAAAGAAGUUUUUCUACCCCAAAAAUUGCCAACAAAAGCAGCGUAUUAUGAUGAAAUAAUUAGUGCCCUCGAAGUGCAAUUAGUGGGCACAGGAAUGCAACGGUUCCCUAAUGCUUUUUUACCAAUGAUCAAGAAGGAAAAUAUUAAUUUGACAUAUAAUAGUGAAGUUUAUAAGCUGGAAAAGACCAAAAAUAAUAAAAUUGAAGUACAUUGGAUAAAUGACGGAAAAAAGGCUUCUGAAGUCUUUGAUCGAGUAAUUGUAACUGUUCCGUUAGGUAUUGUCCGUCAUUGGGAUUUACCUUUAUCAUUAUCAUAUGGAAAACGAAGUGCUAUCCGUGAAUUAGAUUAUGGAUUUUCAGCAAAAAUAUUUCUCCAAUUCAAAUCACGUUUUUGGGAAAAAUCUCCUAAUGAAACUGGUGCUAAUCCUACUACCUCUAAUGUUGGAAUUGUUGGUGGUAUCACAUAUACAGAUCUUCCUAUUAGAGUUUUAGUUUAUCCUUCAUUUUACCAAGGUAUACCAGCCGAUGAUCCUGGUGUCCUCUUGGCUUCUUAUACAUGGAGUAAUGAUGCGAUAAAAUAUGGUCAAUACAGUGAUGAAGAAAUGUAUGAACUGGCUUUAAAAGAUUUAGCAACUAUUCAUGGUGAUAUAGUAUAUAAAGAAUGGGUCUCAGGUAAAGAAAAUAAUAUAGCUAAGUAUUGGUCGAAUGAUAGAACUGCCGGGGGUCCUUUUGCUGAAUAUGGACCUUCACAAUUAGAAUCAUUAAUGGGUGCUAUGAUGAGACCGGAGGAAUCUAUUCAUUGGGGUGGAGAACAUACUGACAUACAUUGUGCUUGGAUUGUUGGAUCUUUAAACUCUGGGGUUAGAGUAGUCAAAGAAAUAUUACUUCAAAAUUUAAUGGGUGAUAAAUGGUCUGAGUUAAAGGAUAUGACAUUAUUAAAAUAUUGGAAUGGAAAUCUUGAUGCUUUUGAAGGUUAUUAA